ACAUGAUAGAAUAUACUUUGGAAAAGACCUUUCUUGAGAAGAGAAGUGACUGGAUCAGAUCUUUGAAGUUUGAACUCACUAAAAGUUUCACAAUAUCUAAUUGAGCAAUGCUUGUUUCGUGCUGUGUCAUUGUAAGAAAAACUCCAAACCUAUUAUAUGGUAAUUACUUAACAACCCAUUGCCUAGUGAAAUUACAGCAAAGUAAAUAUGAAAUUCAACAAAAAGAAAAUCCCAAAUUUCUUUUGAAAAAUUCUAUAAAUACACUCACUCUGUUUCACUUCCCACACCAACUAUAAAAAAUUCUACAAAUACACGAAUUAUUUCGUAAAUUUAUUAAUAAAUCAAAUUUUAAAUUCAGAUAGUGUAUUGGUAGCAGAAUUGUGUUUUAUUAUCAACAAAGGCAACUUGGACAAACACUGACCAUUUGACCAUUUCUGCGCCAUGUUAUUCUUUACCAACCAUUGACGUUGCAAACCUCACAGAUUCAGAAAAGUACUCAUUCCAUAGAAAAUGAUGUUAUGAAUCCCUGAAAAUAUAUAUAUAUAUAUAUAUAUACUUGGAGAAAUUGAAUCUAACCAAGUAUAACUAUUGCUACACUUUCAAAAUAAAUUUGCAGUGUAUUCGGUGGAAGAAAUCAAUAAGUUAGUCUCUAACUGGCGGCCGGAGCAGCCUGAAUCCAACUUGGUAAGGCGGAUUGGUCGAGUGAUCGGAAAGAAUGUCAUCCAAAAGCUUGUUUUCACUGCUUCCAUGUUUAAGGACAGAGGAGAGAGAUACUGGUAUUGUAUCAUCAUCAAUAUUCUUGGAGAAUGGAAGCAAAUUAUUAGAAGAUCUCAUUGCUUCAUGUGAUGGAAAGUCUAAUCCAAUUCGUUGUUAUUCUCUUGAUGAACUCACAAGGGCAACCAACAACUUUGAUCCUUCUUGCAUUAUACAAGACUUUUCGGCGGAAUUUCGUUACCAAAUGUUUAAUGGUUUUCUAGAUGACCGAUCAAUUACCAUUAAGAAGUUUAUGAGUACUGCCCAAGUUGGGUAUGAAGCUAGGUCUCUGGCCAUUCGUGACAUUAUAAUAACAAUGCAGAUGAGCAGCCAUAACAAUGUCUUAAAGCUGUUGGGCUGCUGCUUAGAGCUCCCUAUACCGGCUCUAGUGCUUGAAUGUGCAAGUGAAGGAGUUCUAACUAGUGAAGCGGGUUGUGGAGCAAAUCAAUCCCUACCAUGGAAUAUUAGGCCGCGCAUUGCAAAGCAACUUGCAAAUGCAAUUACAUAUCUGCAUACUGCCUUCUCCCGGCCAAUUAUUCAUAGAGAUAUACGAGCCUCCUGUGUUUUCUUGGGCAAUGAUUAUAUUCCGAAGCUUUGCAACUUCUCACUUUCCAUAACCAUUCCUCCUAUGCAAUCCCAUGUUGUAGAUGAGCCAAAAGGGACAUAUGGGUACCUUGACCCUGCCUACAUGAGGUCUGGUUACAUUUCAGAAAAGACUGAUGUUUAUAGCUUUGGUGUGCUUUUACUUAUAUUGUUGACAGGCCAAAAAGUUGUGCUUCAAUAUCAAGGAGAAUUUGAGUCGAUUAUUUCAUACGUGAAACGUCAUGCUAGUGAUGGUCAGAUUCAGACGGUAGUAGAUCCUAAAAUCCUUGGAGAGAUAGGGGAAGAUAAGCAAGCUCAAGAGCACUUGCAUUUAUUCCUAGCACUGGCAUUGUCAUGCACCCAAGAUGAAAGUGAAGUAAGGCCAGAUAUGAUUGAUGUGGCUAAAGAACUGAUACUUACUGAGAAGUCUGUCCUGCUUCGCUAGACAUCCACAUUUAUCCCCUGUUUGAAAUCAGAUUGAAUUUCUCACUUUAUUCAUUGAUGGUUCAUGCACAACUUUACCUGCCCUGGUUUAGAUUUAUAAGAAAUUAAAACACACUCACCUUGUUGUCUAAAUCGCCACUUGUUUUUAACACAAAUCGAUAUAUAUGCACACUACUCAUGUUAGCAGGUUGUACUAGUGGUCUAGCAUGGAUUCGUGACGAGUAAUAAUGUAAUAUCAGUCCAAUCAGACAAGCUUGCGCUAGAUGUUGAGUUUGUAUUUUUCUUAUGUGAAGAAUGGUCACCUUUAAGCUAAACGCAACAGCACAAGCACACAGACCAUUAGACAAACAGAUAGGGAAGGAUUACCAUAGGUUUAUUUAACUUUAGGAUGAACAUUAGUAUAUAUAGGGAUACACCAAUAGACAUGUCAUAUAUAAGUAUUGCCAAGGAUAAGAGAUCAGUCCAAAAAGAAUUUAAAAACUAUCAAGAGAUUGGGAAUCACAAUUACAGACUACAGUGUAGAAUUUUGCAUACUACAUUACUGCACUUUGUAUCUGAAUAAUAUAAGGCAUAA